AAACAAAAGGAGCAGAAAGAGAGAAGGGUGGAAGUUUGAAAUCAUAAAGAAAUCGAAAAAUCUAGGGUUUGAGGUGAAGCUAUGGAUCUGAACAUGAAUGAUCUGAAUCAACCACACUCCAUGGGAACGACCAUCAUUGGAGUCACUUACAACGGUGGUGUUGUUCUCGGAGCCGAUUCUCGUACUAGCACUGGGAUGUAUGUUGCUAACCGUGCAUCCGACAAAAUCACUCAGCUUACUGAUAAUGUCUACAUCUGCCGCUCUGGAUCGGCUGCAGAUUCUCAGAUUGUCUCCGACUAUGUGCGCUACUUCCUUCAUCAGCACACGAUACAGCUUGGGCAGCCUGCAACUGUUAAAGUUGCUGCCAACCUCGUCAGGCUACUAUCUUAUAACAACAAGAACAUGUUACAAACUGGCAUAAUUGUUGGAGGGUGGGACAAGUAUGAAGGUGGUAAGAUAUAUGGAGUUCCUCUUGGUGGAACAAUAAUUGAGCAGCCUUUUGCCAUUGGAGGAUCUGGCUCAAGUUACUUGUAUGGAUUUUUUGAUCAAGCAUGGAGAGAAGGAAUGACCAGGGAGGAAGCCGAGCAAUUAGUGGUCAAGGCAGUUUCCCUUGCCAUUGCUCGUGAUGGUGCUAGUGGGGGUGUUGUCCGCACUGUCACUAUCAACUCUGAGGGAAUGACCAGAAAGUUCUACCCUGGUGACAAACUUCCUCUGUGGCACGAAGAGUUGGAGCCACACAAUUCAUUAUUGGACAUACUGAACAAUCCUGGUCCUGAACCUAUGAACAUAUGAAGAAGAGGAAAUUGCCAUGAGGUAUUUGCCAUUUCCAAAACUUGUUAUCUUGGAAAAUUACUGAUGUAUCAGCUGAGCUGGAUAUUCACAUGUUUUUGUGAAAUUAACAAAUAUUUAGCGUUUGGAGGAUAUUUUUUAUGUGAUACCUUAGUUGCGGUUGUUUGUUUCUGUGAUGUUGUUUAAUUAUGCGAACUCCAUCAUCAUGUUUCACUUCAAA